AUGAGCAACUAUGCCUUCUUUGUGAAGUACACUUACUCCAAUGAAUGCGCCUUGCUCGCCUACAACUUCCAUGAGCUCGUAUCAAAACUAGGAAUAUUCGAGAUCUUUGCAUACAGGCAUGACCAUCGCCUGAUAAGCGUGACGCUGGCGUACAUUCUUUACAGGUACCAGGUUCAUCACUGUGACAUGGCUUUGGAUUUGGCCUUGACAUUGGUCUACCUGGAGGAUCUCAACGGCCAAGUGGAGGCAAAGCCAGAGCUGCGUGAGCGCUGCCGCGAUGCCUUCAAUCUAAUCUGUUACAUGGCAUUUCUCGCCCAUGCCUUCAACUCGGACCGUCCGAUUCGACUCGCCGACUG